AUGGUUGGAGCUAUGAUAACAAGAGGUAGAUUACCACAUGGAAUAGAAGCAACAUCAUUAUUAUCAUCAGUCAUAUUAACAGACAUCAAAAAUCCUAAUUUGGAACCUAAUGUUAUACAAUUAUCAUACACUAUGGCUAUUAUUAGAUUUGUUAAUGAAAUUAUUGAUCCAUUGCCAAAAUCAGUUUAUGCUGUCCCAAUGCAAUUAUUAGCAAGACAAUUAAAUUUACCUACAUCUUUUAUUGAAUUGAGACAUAUGGGAACUCACGAAAAUCUCCCCAGUUUAGAAAUGUUACGAUCAGCAAGUGAAAAUGCAUUGAAUUGGUUAUUCGAUAAUUGUUGGUGCCAUAUACAAGAGGACAUAGAAGAUGAGAACCAUCAAGAAGACGAUGUGUUUCUGGAAGUCGUUAACUUUAGAUCCAAUCAAUUUGAAAGACUCAUUGAUGAAUUUCUGAUUUAUGAUAAUCUCAAGUUUUUCAAAAAGGAACGUAAGGAUGAUUUGAACUCAUAA